CACAGCUACGUCCACACGCCGAUGCAUCCGUCCGUUGGUCACUCAUCCCACAUAUCAUCAUGGUUGAUGCCUACCACACACGCCUCACCCACACCCCCACCGCCAUCCCUUGCACUACCACUCGGCCGCUUCACCAUCAUACACAGCCCUCUCGGCCCCUUGUUCUGCUCAGAAAGGCGGUAGGUCGUCACGUCCCACCCCUCCUCCAGCUCCGCAUGCCCCACCGCCACACACGUCACCUUGUCGGCCGCAAUGUGAUGAGCGAAGUAGCUCUUGAACCGAUCCGACAGCCCGGCUUCCGAGAAGGGGCCGACGAACGUGUAUGGGACGGAGCUCAGAGAGGGUGAGGGGGGGGCGGGGGGCGUCAUUUUGGUGGGCUUGACGAAGCUCUCCUGCGUCAGGAUGGCAACGACGCGUGACGCCUCGGUGGUCAUGUCCCUGAGCACGGCAUGGAUGGAGUUGUGGAUGCCGCGCAUGACAGGGAUGCCCCCCUGGCUGUUGUGCUCGAUGGGUGCGUGGCUGUUGAAGCCCGUGAUGACCACCACCCGCACACAGUGGAGCUUGGGAGGGUACCUCGACAGCACGUCGGCAGGGGGGCUGGGGGUGGAUGUAGAAGAGGGGUGGGCGGGGAGCUGGGGGGUGGUGCGGUGGACCUUCAUGAGGGAGUGCAGCUCCCUCAGCCGCGCCAGCAACUCGACGUUGUCGAGGCACCGUGUCAUGUGAAACCCACUGCAAUUAACACACACACACACACAGAUCAAGGGCCGUCAUCGGGCCCAGUGUAUUCUGACCUUAGUGCUUGCUGGAGGGUGACAGAGGCUGCGCGGUCCAGUGAUGCGCCGGAGGCAGCACUGCCCUGCGCGCCCACAGACAUCCCCGCACGUGCCCACACGUGAGAACACCCUCAGCGGCGACUUUGCCAAUCUCUUCACCUGUGUCUGUGUGGGCUGCGAUUGUGAUUGGUUGUCCCUUGCAUCAAGAUGGCCCUGCACUGUCUUGCUGAAGUGGGCACAGUCGAACUUGAGUGCACAAUCAAACACCGCCACGCCCAUUGGCGCCUCUCGGAGGCUGGAGGGCACCAAACACUGCGCCAACAGAUGCUGCACGCCACACACAAAGAGAAGGGGAAGUGGUCAUGAUCUUAAGAGUGUAUGGACGUGGACUGCAAUGCCUCACGUAGAGUGCGAUAUUGACACCGCCGAAGGUCUGUCCAUGAAGGAACAGGACAGAUCCAGCCGUCAUGCCUCUCCUCCCUUGAACAAACACACACAACGGCAGCAUAUUGGAGUCCGGUUGCCCGUUUGACAUGGUCGUUCUUCACCAACGAGCUGUUUGAGCCCCGGCACCUCCGGCUUGAUGGCUAUCUGUGUGUUGUGGAAGAGAUCUUUGGCCGUUUCGUCAUAGCUAACGCGGGAACGGCUCGGCGGGGCGGCAAUCACUGCCGCUUGAAGGGCGUCAGCGGCCAGCGCCUCUCCCCCUGCCGCUGCCCUGGCCAUCGUGAGGCGUG